AUGCCACGCUGUCGCAAAGGAAGGAAGAGCCCCUACAGAACUGAUGAAAUAGCACAAAAUGUUAAGAGUUCGUUUAUUAGAGAUGGAGAAAAUAACUUGCGCAAUUACUCACAACCUGUUGAUGAUGGCAUGAAAGAUGCGUAUGAUCGUGUGAAACCGUCUAAUUUGUACAACGACAUGUCAAAUACAGCAAGGUCGUAUCCAAAAUGGAAUGAUUACGAUCGCUCGCGUUCGAUCAAUUCGUACAAGGUCGAAGAUAUUCCAUACAACAGAAAUAUUCGUGAUGGAUUUGAACCACGCCAAACGCCUCUAUACUCAAAUAAUAUGAUGGGUGAAUUGCCAGUACCUAGAAACACUCACACUGGAUACGAACCGCGCCACUUAUCUCCAUAUGGAAGUCGUUCAAAUAAUUUAAUGGGGGAUAUACCAGACGCUAAGCUUGUUCGGGAAACUUAUGAGCCCCACUAUAUUCCUGUGAAAUAUAACCGUUCAAAUAAUUUAUUGAAUAAUGUGUCAGAAACUAGAAAUAUUCGAGAUAGAUUUGAAUCACGCCAAACACCUCUAUACUCAAAUAAUAUGAUGGGUGAAUUGCCAGUACCUAGUUCUGUUUCUAGUAAUGGAAACACAUAUUCAUACUCUAUUCCACAGCGUCCUAAUUUGAAAAUAAUUCGAGACGAGGAUACAUAUAACAGAAAUGCGGAUUAG